AUGGCGACCGCGGUCUCAAAGCCAACCUCCCACCCGCCGAAGAUGAAGCGGCCGCCCCCGCCUUUCCCCCAGACCGGGGUGAACGGAGUCAAGGUCCAGCAACCCUCCUCUUCUCCACCCACCACCUCCAAACGUCUUCCUGGUAAUCUUUCUGCUGGAUCGAGCCCCAACAUUACCAAUGGCUUGAUCAACAUGGCAAGCACCUCCAAGGGCCACCUGAACCGAACUAGGACCCAGGCGCAACGACCCGGUGACGCAGGUUCGCGACCGACCCGGCCGGUGACGCGGACUUUGUCUACGGGCAAUGGCCAUCGGGUUGGCAAAAGGUGUCCUGAGCCCUAUGGUGAGUCCUUGAUUUGCGCACAAUUGGCCAAUACCACCCAAUCGCCGUUCGGUGAAUACUCACAGUUCCUUACCGUCACAGUGAAAACCACAUCCUACAUUCUUAAGAAAUACUCGAAGUCCCCUCCAUCUCUCAUCGUGCAUCUUCACCCCACCCACUUUCGAUUCGAGCAGCAAGAUGGAAGCUUCCCAUACAAUUCGGAGAUGAAGGUGGUCAUUGAACAUAUUCGCGCCGGCACUGUACCUCACGAUCUGAUCGAGGAGCUACUGCGCGCGGGCGUGAAGUUCUAUGAAGGUUGCCUCAUUGUUCGCGUUGUCGACCACAAGUCUGUUUCGGCACAAGCAAGAAAGACUUCCGUGUUAACGACCAAUGAGAACAACACACCGUUCUCUCUCCACAACUACAAUGAACAUGUUACUCCCUCGGCAUUUGUUCCAUACCCGAAGCAGAACCAGCUCACCACCGAUAUACAAAGCUCUAAACCGGUAGAGACACCAACUCCUGGCCAGAACCAGACUGAGAACCAGGCAAAUGGCGAGACUGCCGAGUCUCAGAGCUCAGUGAAUGGAUCGGGGAAUAAAUCACUUCCUCCCAAACCUCGGGUCUUCACUACUGUCCUCCAUCCUACAGCUCGCGUGUUGCAGGCGGAAUUGACUCUUCUCGUCACCACUCCGGAUCCCAAAGCUGCCGUGUCAAACCAACUUUCCCGUACCCACUCCUCCUCGGUCGUCCCUCAGUCACCCGCCACUACACAACUUGACCGCGGUCACCCUGCAAAGAGACAGAAGACGCUUGUCGAGCCGCAAGAUCUUACUGAAUGCGAAUCACUACUCGUGCGAGCUUUAGCUCCGCCUCUCUAUCUAGAUACCGUGAACAGUUUUGCAGCUUCACAACGUCUGCUGAAAUGCCUGGAGAGCCCAUUGCACAGCGACCCGCCACCAUCACCUAAGCGCCGCAAGAGAACUGUUGCGGAACUUGCUGCGGACGAGGCACUCGCAGCCGAAGAAGAGAGAUUCAUGCUUAUCAUGGACGAGCGCCUCGAGCCUACCGCCUCCGGUGCAGCUGGUGGCUCCAAGGCUGCUACUGUGGAUGAUAUAGCCGGUGUGGCAGCAUUCGAACCUCGCUUCUCUCGCUUCAAGACUCUGGAGACAAUCCGCAUGCAGCACGAGGAGAAGGCUAAGCGUGAGCACGAGAUGAAGCUGAAGCAGGAGCUCGCCAAGAGACAGCAGCAGGAACAGGAGAAGGAACGACGCCGUGCGUUGGAGCAACAACAGGCAGAGCAACACGCCAAGGAUGAGGCACGCAGACAGCAAAUUGCAGCCCAGCAGGCGCAAGCUCAGCUUGCAGCACAGAAUCGUCAUGUCAUGGCUCAGUCGAACGGCGUCCCCCAAGGGCAACAGUCAUCCCCCAUUGUACGCAAUCAAACCCCCCACAGCACCUCAUCGCCGCUGGUUGGUAACACUAUGACAACACAGGCGGUUCCAAUGAGCAUCAGCGCAUCUCAGCAAUCAGGAAGCCCACCACGACCUCCAUCCUCUAUGCAGCAUGCGCACCCCAACAUGAUGGGCCAUCCCAUGGCGCCUUCCAGAAGUCAGCAAGGACCCAGCCGGCAUGGAACUCCACAGAUGACGCAAGCCACACCGGCAAUGUCACAUGCCACGCCGAUUAUGCGCAAUGUCACUCCUACUCAGCGAAUGGGUCACGGUAGCCCUAGCCACACUAUGGCCCAAACUCCGAUGAUGAACCAAGCCAUGGCUCAACCUCCGCAGAUGAAUGGUGCUGGUAUGGGCCUCACGCCUCAGCAGCAAAUGCUAUUACAGCAGAGACAGCAGCUUCUUGCUCAUCAGGGUGGACAAAUGGGUGGCGCCCAGCUCACUCCUCAGCAGCUUGCUCAGUUGCAGGCGGCCAACGCGCAUGCUGCUCAAAACAUCAAGUCGCAUCAACAGCAGCAGAUGUUGCAGGCCCAGCAAGCACAACAGGCUCAACAGGCUCAGCAAGCUCAGCAGGCUCAACAUCAACAGCAGCAGCAGCCCAACAUGCAGAACAUCCCUCAACACAACCAGCAAGCAUAUCAGGCGCAGCUCAUGCGUGCCCAGUUCGCGCAGAUGCAGAUGGUUAAGCAGCAGGGCGGUCAGAUACAGGGUCAGCCGAAUCAGCAACAGCAACAGCACCACCAUGGCAGCCCACAAAUGACAGCUCAACAACAACAACAGCAGCAACAACAAAUGCUGAUGGCUGCCGCUCAGGCCAAUGGUGGCCAGAUGCCAAACAUGCAGGGUGUUAAUAUCGCCCAACGGUACAACAGACUUUACCAACAACGUUUGCUCCAGCUGCGACAUGAAAUGUCACAGCGGUACAUGACACAGUACGGACCACCGACCCAGUAUCCGCCUCAGAUCGCUCAGCAAUACGGUGCCGGGUUAGAGAAGAACGCCAAGGCAUGGAUCCAGGAUCUGAUGCGACGUGAACGAGAAGCUGCCCAGCAGCAGCGAGCGAGCCAAGCGGCCGCUAUGCAGGCGCAGCAGAUGCAGGCUCAGCAAAACAUGAUGCACAACGGGAUGGGCAAUUGA